UUCCUCGCUCGCUGCUCGCUUCGUCUUCAAACCCAGCCACACCCUCCUCUCCUCUUCCCACCCCCAAACCCUGCCACUUCCUUGCCCCCACCGUCGCCAUGGCGUCGCAUGGCUACGCCGUUCCGUUCAUCUCCCCUGGCCCGGCGGCGAACCUACUCCAGGCGGCAUUCGAUGGCGACAUCCCCCUCUUGAAGAGCCAGGUGAAGAAGCUGGACAAGGGCAGGGGCCGUCCCAACAAGGUGAUUGAGGCAAUGAGGGUGGAAGAUGCCGGAGAGCUGGAAGGCCUCGGGGCGCUGCAAAUCGCCGCCUGCAGAGGGAGGCUGGAGGUGUGCAGGUACCUGGUCGGGGAGCUGCGGGUAGAUGUGGACGGGGUCGACAAGAAAGGUAGAACACCUCUGUUUUUUGCAAUAUGCUCUACGGAUGUGGCCCAUGUGGCUAUUGCGAAGUAUCUUCUUGAUCAUGGUGCUAAUCUGGACAAAGCCGGUCAUGAUGACUUUUCCCCUUUACAUUAUGCUGCUGGAUCAGGGGAUUGUGAAAUGGUAGAACUAUUGCUUGCAAAAGGAGCUUAUGUUGACCCGGUAGGUCCUUUUGGAACGCCACUUCAUACUGCUGCUUCGCAAAGGCACGACGCUGUUAUGAAGAUUUUAUUGGGCAACAAUGCAGAUUACAACAAGAUGGUAAAUGGCAGGACACCUCUGAUUGCAGCAAUGGACACUGAAUCAAGGGAAUGUAUUCUUCUCCUGCUUAAGGUUCAGAAAGAGCCUAUGUUUAAAAAGGAAAUUAAAGCAGCAGCAUUGAAGAAACUUGGGAGUUGCUAUUUCAAGAAGAAGGAUUAUCGAUUGGCAGUAAAAGGCUACAGUAAGGCCACGCAGCUUAAUCUUGGCGAUGCAACCUUGUUCUCAAAUAGGAGCCUUUGCUGGCUUCUCAUGGGCGAUGGAGGCAAGGCCUUGGUAGAUGCUAACCAAUGCAGAGCAAUGCGCCCUGACUGGCCAAAGGCUUGUUACCGGCAGGGCGUAGCUCUGAUGUUACUGAAGGAUUACAAGGGUGCAAGUGAGCGAUUCUCGGAAGGACUGAAGUUAGACCCAGGGAAUGCUGAGAUUGAGCAUGCUUUACGGGAAGCAAUGGAGAACCUGACGACGUCUGGGAUCAGCAAAGCCAAGUGA